AUGGAGUUCGCGUGGCACCUCCUCACCGUGCUGCUCCGCCUCGGCCGGCCCGCCUCCGCCUCCGAGGUUGCCGGGUUCGCCGCGGCCGUCGGGGUGCCGCCGCGCGACGUCGAGCGGGUGCUCCGCGCCCCUGGGUCGCCGCUGCGGCUCCACGGCGGCGUCGUGGCGCCAUCGGAGACGGCUGUCUCGAUGUUUGCGAGGCUCGUGGGGUGGGGUGCUCGUGUUCCGCCGCCGGGGGUGGUCCCCAGGGCGUCCGAUGUGGGGAGGUGGUGGAGGCAGGUGACCGUUAGAUACGAGCGCAAGCGGAAGGCGUCAGAUGUGGGGCGCAUCGGCGCGGGGAAGCGUCUCCUCCUGGCGGCGGCUCCCGAUGCAGAUUUACCGGAACAAAAGCUGCAGCAAACACAGCAGCUGAUUGUGCAAGGCUGUGCUCCAGAUGCUACUGGAGAGGUACAUCUGGAGGUUAUGCAAAGAGUGCAAGACAGGAUUCCUAGUCUUGACACAGUUGCUGCUGACCCUUCCUUUCAUUUUUCAAGUGGGUCUACUAUCUUUCCAAAUGUUAUUAGCACACCUUAUCUUCCGCCAAAGAUUGACCAGUUUAGAGGCAAUGAUGGAAGUCUUCUUGCGAGCAUGGAUUCUACACUAGUGUCAAAGGAGUUGGUAGACAUCCCUUGCUGUAUCGAUUUCUUCCAUGCUGAAGGAGCAGUUCCACUUUGUCAUUCUAGAUCAGAGGACAAUGAAGGACUAGAAAAGGUGUCCACCCUCCUUAGUAUGGGAGUUGAAGCUGGGUUAGCUGGUGAAAAGAAAAUUGGGAUUGAGGAUCUGAAUUUUAUUGCAAAAAGAUCUAGCAGUUCUAGCAAUUAUAGUACAAAGACAGCAGAUGGUAUGGAAACGAUUGAUGUGAUUUCGAAAGAAGCUGAAGCUCUACAGUACUGCAGCCCAAAUGCCAAGGCUCAAUAUUCAAAGAAGAUCCUAAGUUGUGGUCAUGACAGUAAUGCACUAGGCGCCAAUUCUUAUGCCACAAUUCAUGAGAAUAAAACAGCAGACAUUUCAUUCCAGCCUCCUGAAGAGACCAUGCAAAUUAUUGUACAUGAAGUGACCCAUGAAACUGUAGGAAGUUCGAGUCAACCUUUUCCGAACACAAAGUUUGAGUCUGCAGUGUUGCCCCUACAAGCCACAUGUUAUGAUUGUGAUAUCAAUGAAAAUUUGAACAUUGUUGCUAAAAACAGAACAAGCACACACCUUAAUCAUGUGGAGCCAUCAAAGAAUCAUGUGGCUGUCAAAUUAUCUAAGAAGGAGCAAGACAGAAAGAUUAUGAAGCAAAGGGAGAAGAGCAAGAAAAAAGAUGCACUACCCAAAGAAGAUAAGGAUCAAGUUGCAGUAAAGGUUCAGAAGGACCAUGCAGAACUAAAACCACUGCCUAACUUCAAGCAUUUUGAAAUAGAAGAAGAGGAAGGAUCAGGUGGUUAUGGGACUGUUUAUAGGGCUCGACGAAAAUUGGAUGGAAAAGUGUUUGCCAUAAAAUGUCCUCAUGCAAAUGCUCAUCCACACCAUGUUAAUAACGAAAUGAAGAUGUUGGAACGCUUUGGAGGCAAGAACAGUGUGAUCAAAUAUGAGGGCUCUUUUAGGAGUGGUGAUCUAGAAUGCUUUGUUCUAGAACAUGUUGAGCAUGACAGACCAGAGAGUCUGAAAAAGGAUAUAGGUGUGUCUGAUUUGCAGUGGUAUGGGUAUUGCCUGUUCAAAGCUCUUGCAAGCUUACAUAAUCAGGGGAUAGUGCAUAGAGAUAUCAAACCUGGAAACUUCCUCUUCUCUCGUAAACUGAGAAGGGGGUAUCUUAUUGACUUCAACUUGGCAAAUGACCUCCACCAGAAGUUUUUCCGGAACAGUAAAUCUGAGGCAAUCUCACGUGGAAAGGAUACCAUAUCUCAACCUGCACUGAAGCCUACCUCAGUGGUUCAGGCCAAAGAACCAGUUGCCGAUUCAAAGCAGCUUCUUGGAUCCAAGAGGAAAAGAUCCAACAGAAGUCCAGUGGGUAGUGCACCUAAGAUUGAGAAUAAAAGCAGGCAUGGUGCCCAAGCUGCUGAUGUGUCUGGUGUAACAUCUGCCAAGGAUCCUACAAGCACGAAAACAUCGUUAGACAGGUUGAAGCUGCCAAUGCCCUACAAAGGGCGGAAGGAACUAAUGAACUUUUUGCAUGAGGCAAUGCAAAGUCCUGAAAAAAAAACUUCGACAGCACCUGUUUCCCAAAGGAAGAGGGUUGCUGCUCCUUUCGGAAAUGUGGACCAGAAGCUCUUUAUACUUACCCCAAUGCCCCUGCGUUCCGGUGGUAGUGCUAUUGCUGGUUCUGGCCUGUUUAACAGCAAAGGACAUGGAAAACAUCGAAGAGAAGGUCCAUGUGUUGGGACUAAAGGAUUUCGAGCUCCAGAGGUGCUUUUUAGAUCUUUCCAUCAAGGCUGUAAGGUUGAUGUCUGGUCGGCAGGGGUGACACUACUGUACUUCAUAAUUGGCAAAUCUCCUUUUGGUGGAGAUCCUGAACAGAACAUCAAGGAAAUAGCAAAGCUGAAAGGCAGUGAAGAACUAUGGGAGGUGGCGAAACUACACAACUGUGAAUCUUCCUACCCGUCCGACCUGUUCGACAUCAAAUCGUUCAACUCGGUGGAUCUCAAGAAGUGGUGUGCAGCCAAUACGCGCAGGCCGGACUUCCUCAAGUGUAUACCUGACUCACUGUUUGAUCUUGUCGACAAGUGCUUGUCAGUCAAUCCCAGGUGCAGGAUCACAUCAGAGGAUGCCCUGAUGCACGAGUUCUUUACCCCAAUCCAUGAAAUUCGGAAGCACAAGAUGCCUAGAAGGCCAAUCCCUUCAAAUCCACCACCAUGUUUGCCUCAAGACAAAACGAUCAAGGCAAACGAGUCAUAGCGCUAGCGCUUCUUUCUUUCCACCAUGCCGACUACCGUUAACCGUGUAAGUUGAUUGCCCCACCCACUGGCUAAUAUUUACCUACCUGCCAAUAGCCUAACUAUUUUGCAAACUGAUGUUGAUGUAAUCAUGUAAAUACUAUACCCCCAAAAAGGUACCGUUGUUGCUUCAGUUGCCGACGUAAUGUACCAGCGUUGAAUUCAUGCACGUUGAUAUAGUUGUACCUGUCGAUAGACUGAUACUACCAACUUGCUGACCAUUUUGCUUCCUGGA